AUGGAGCCGGUUACUAGGGAGUUCAAGGACCUGCUUUUCCUCAGCUAUGUAGACGAUACCUAUAUUUUGGGGCCAGCGGCUAGGAUUCUGGAGGCUUUUGGGGUGCUGCGGGAGCGGUUGGAGUGGGUAGGGCUGGAGGUGCAGGCGCACAAGUGCCGGUUUUGGGAGCGCGAGGGCAAGGAGGUGGAGCGGGCACUGCCAUUGGGGAUGCAGCGGGUGGAUGAGGGUCUUACUAUGGUGGGCGUGCCUAUUGGAGAGGAGGUUUGGGAGGUGGUCCGACUACGGGAGCGGCUUCGACAGUUGCAGGCGCCACUGCCAUGGCUCCCCUUGCUCGACCACCCCCAGAUGGCUUCACACCUCCUCGCCAUUGCAAUUUCAGCGCGGCCGAUGUACCUCGCCCGGACUAUGCCGCCGCGUCCGGAGGUGGUUGAGGCUUUUAGGGAUUGGGACAGCUGUUUAGAGGAUUGCUUUGAGCAGCUUUUCCCACCUGGCACUUGGGAGCAGGACCCCGACCGGUCUAGGCGCGCACGCAUGCAGCUGCAUCUCCCUGUGCCUCUCGGUGGGUUCGGGAUCCGGGCGGCGGCCUCUUUGAGCCCACUGUCCUAUGUUUGCGGGUGGGCGCAGGCCGCGCGGGACAUUGCACAGUUAGGGGUGGCGGGUGAGGAGGCGAUGUUUGCUGAGUACCUCACCACUUCGACAGGGGCAGAGUUUCUUGACCCGUGGUUUGUCAAGGCUCUCGAGCAGCUGCCAGCGACUAUCCGCCACGAGAUACCGGGCUUACCUUUGUGUGUAGCGGCCCCUCCUGUUCGGCUUUUCCAGGCGCGUCAGCGGCAGUUAGCUGUAGAGGAGCUCCAGGCACUGCGCCGCUUGGCUCGUGACGAUGCUACCUUGGCCCGUUUCACAUCCCUUCAGAGCCCGGGGGCAGGUGCAUGGGUUUCGGCGGUUCAGGCUCACUCAGAUCUCACAUUCACUGCGGCUGAGUGGGGCAUUGCUGCUGCUAUACGGCUCGGCCUCCCAAUUCAGCAGCUGCAGGUGGCGGGGAGGUGUGUUUGUGGCACAGCGUAUGUUGACCCAGCAGACCCGCAUCAUGCCCUGAGAUGCAGGCACCAGCAUGGUCCUUCUCGGGUGCAUGAUGAGGCAUGGCCGGGGCGGGGUCGGGACCGCAAGUGGGCGGGGCCGAAGUGGGCGACGGGGCCGCAAGGGUGGGCGGGGCCGCAGGUGGCGACGGGGCCUCAGGUGGCGGGGCCGCAGGUGACAUCGGGGCCUCAGGUGGCGGGGCCGCAGGUAUAG